AUGUCGUCGCCAUCACCCUCCGUCGAGAUACCUCAAUUUAGGGCUACAUUCAUUGUCCAUCUUGAUACAUACACAAAGACUACUACUGAAACUAAUGGCAAAGCAAAGUCCAAGGAAGUCAAGUCUACAAAAGUCAAGGAACUUGUAUUUCAAAUCUCUGAGCCCAACUACCUCGAAUUUCUGACUACCAUCCUCGCAAAACAUGACAAGUCACAAUACAGGGUUACUGAGAGGAAAAAGUAUGGUUUCAAGUACCUUGUUGGCAAUUCUCGUGGGCAAGUGAUAUUUAUGUCAUCCAUGGGGCUUGAUCUUAUCUCAGCGGUUUUUUAUAGCCGCGUCGAAGCCAUGGAUGUUGACAACAAAGAAGAUUAUGCGGAGAUGGCAAAGAAGCUCAUCUCUGAAGAGCCUCAAAAGGUGAAAGUCUUUGUUGACAUGAAAAAUGUCGAGAAACUCCCUGUCUCUACUGCUCAAAAUGAGGUGAUAUGGCAAGCCAAGAUAGCGGAGCAUCAGAUGAUGAGAUUGUAG